AUGAAGUUUACCGCCGCGCUUUCGUCCGCCUUGCUCGCUUUCACCACAAUUGCCACAGUACAGAGCGCCGCAACACCUGUCGACUCCCACGCGCUCGAUACGCGCGCAGACACAGUUGCCCUCUUCCCCUUCCAGGAGGCCUAUGUACAA